AUGCCUCCAGCUAUCAGCGAUCACGAGGACAAUUCGGACCACGAGCUCGCGGUCUCUGCAGAAGAUAGCGAUGGUGACGAAGAGUUGGCCAACGACGAAUAUGUCGUUGAAAAGAUCAUAUCGCAUAUGGUCAACGCCAAGGGCAAACUCCUCUUCCAGGUCAAGUGGGAGGGUUAUGAGAAGAAGUCUGAUCGGACUUGGGAGACGGAGGAAAACUUGACAGAGAACGCGUCUCUAAUCGUCGAGGAGUAUAUUCAAAGUGCCGGAGGCCGCGGCAAGGUCUCUAAAGGCACGGCGAAUCCGAAGGGAAAAAAGCGUAGAAGACAAUCUACAAGAACGCCUCCCGCAACUCGGAAGCGUUCAAAGAAGAAGGGCGAAGACCUUGCGGACGAAGACACCCCUCUGACUCCGGAGAAAGGACAAUGGACCCCCCCAACAGGAAGUUGGGAGAACCACAUUGCGCUGCUGGAAGCCUACGAAGACGAGGACACGCGCAAGCUGAUAAUUGAGGUAACCUGGAAGAAUGGACACAAGACGGAGCACGACACAAGCGUGAUCUAUAGCCGGUGCCCCCAGAAGAUGUUGCAAUACUACGAACGCCAGAUCCGAAUCAUCAAGUCAGUUCCUGCAGAGUAG